UCGACCGUGGUCCCCUCGAAAACGAACACCUGUCCAUUUACGCUCUUCCUAUAGGUUCUUGGGGUUCUUACAGCGAUCCCCACCCACCCCUAAGGUAUCUCCAGUGCGUAUAAAUACGCCACAGCCACCCUCAAUCCGCAUCAUUCUCGCUUCAGAGUUCAAGCAAUCGCUAGCUAAGCUAAUCUUAUAUUAUCAAAAAUAUACCACGCAAAAUGAGUACCAACUUCGAGUACAUAAUGUCUUCGAACAACUCGGUCAACGAGAACAAGUACAACACCAAGAAAUCCAAGAGUGCAGUGCAUCAACUCAAGUCCGUUAUCAGGCCGAUCGUGAACCUUAUCAAGAAGAAGAAGAACAGCUACAGGAGUUCCCCCCAGCCCGACUACUUCAGAGACGAAGACGAGGUCAGCGAUAACCUGGCCAACGAGAAGCUGGAAAGGGAGAUCUUCGGCGAAAUCGACGCUUGCCACGAAUUCGCGGCUAUCCCUAUCUACGAAGAUGGUCGCAUGCAAAUCGAGCCAGUGUAUAGGGGUCAAAGGUACAUCCCGGUUCACUUCGCCAAGACUGAAGCUGGCACCUUCUUCUGGACUACCAUGGUCGGAGCCGAUUACGACAUCGACACUAAAGGCGAUAUGAACGCCAUCACCUACAACCAGAACGCCGAGAUCCAAGUGGCAGAUAGAUGGGCCCAAGCUUAAUUUUUUAUCUCAAAAUUUUGAGAGAUAUUGUGAUUUAUAAUUUGCUCAAUUUUUUUGACUGAUUUUGUGAUAUUAAUGUAGGUUUGUUGUACCUUACAAACGCACCUCUUGUGAUCGAUGGCUUUAAUUGUUUAUGAAUAUGUAUAUAUUUUUAUUAUAUGACAACGUCUUCCAUUUAUGAUGAAUAUUAAAAUAAAAUUGUUUAUUUUCCUA